ACCCGAUCAAAUAGUCCUUAUUACGCAAAAGUUUCCAAACCAAGAGCUAAUGCCAUUAUUGCUAUGGGAGAUGUAUUCAAAAUGAUUGCAACCCAAUGUUUCAUUUUUAAGAAUGCAGCUAUUGAAAAAAAUAAGGUCUUCACCGGAAAGAAGCAAACAGUUUGAGUCAUGCAGAUGUGCCUGUCUGAGUUUCUACAUAGUUUAGACUUCCUGGGAGCAAGGAAGAGUGGCGACUAUGUUGGGACAAAGUUAGAUAAUCCUGCAAUGAUUCUGGAGGAACAUAUUCCCACAUGGACAAGACGGACUAGUUUAGAAGAUCUGCAGGAAUGUUUUAGAAUAUUUGAAGAGAAGGUAUGUGUUCCUGAGUUUCCAGCAAGAUAUUCUCCACAGUUUUGGUUGGCUCAUGCAGCAUUAACAACAGUUUACAAUGUGAUGAGUGUCUAUCUGGAAACUCAUUUUGAUGAUGAUCUAAAGCAGGAAAUGGAUAGACUGCUGUUUGACCUCUGGAUUCACCUUUUGACCUCUGGUCCAGGGUCAACACACCUAGAGAUGAUGGAUAUUAUUUUGAAAUAUCCACAUUAUCCACUCUGGAAAUACAUGCAGACACUACAUGGGGAAGAUCUGCAGUUGUUGGUGUCAACAUUGAAGACAGACUUUGUUUACAAGGAGGAAGUGUCAGCAGAUCACUAUGCUACCCUGAUGGAAACACACAUUGACAAAAUAUUCAAAGUUAUUCUCAGCUCCUCACAGAUUGAGGAGGCCAGACGUGGAUUGUUGGAUCUAUAUGCAUUCUACCUAACCAAAAUGAACCAUGUGCCUCCCCAUAUAGGGCCUCGACUAUCUCACCUGUGUUUUCUCAUAUGUCAAAGAUAUGAGCUGGAAAAUCCUUAUAUGGGCUAUGAUGACUGGGUUUUACUGAGAAAUCACCUCAAGGUCAUCAAGGACAUUGUGACAGACCCAUCUUUCACUGUAGCCAGUGAGGCUCAAUAUAGGGCACCACUGACACUUGAAAAGAUUUUUCAGGCAGCUGUACAAGACAAAAUACUGAAUAUAAUGUUCAAAGAUUUCAUGUCACUGUUGUUGACUAUCUGUAACCAUGGAAACAGCAAGAAAUGUAAGCGUCUCUUUCUGGCCUACCAGACAGGACUGUUUGAACAACUUGACUUUAAAAAGGGAUUUGAGGAGACUCCAAACUGGAUGUUUGAUCAAUGUGUUGAUACACUUGUAAGAUUGUCAAAGACAGUAAACAUGGAAACCCAUAUAGAUGAGUUCAUUAUUUCAGCACAGAACCUGUGUUUACUCAAGUUUACAACAUUAUCUGGUGCUCAAGUGUCUUUGUGGCAUGAGCUAAUAGUGAAUUACAUUGUCUCAGGGAGAACUCUCCUGGUCAGGGAGUCUAGAAACUUACUCAACUCUCCAUUGUUGAAGGAAAAUAAUGUUCUGAACUGGAAGAAGUAUGAAAAUCAAGGCAGACUGUUUAUAGAUAUAAUUACUGAUACACCUGGACAGUUCAUGCAGGCAGGUGAAGGCGGAAACAUGUUUGAAGUCAUACAGGAAUAUGUCAGAUUUCUGGAACUCCUGCUCUCUCAGAUAAGUGAACUUGAGGUAGAGGGACGUGUACGGCAGAAUGUACAUAAAUGUUUGCUGAAAUGCAUGGAGAAAGAAACACCACUCAAAGCACCACUAUCUCUAGCAUGUAUAGACUCAGGAAUACCAGAUUUUACAGAUGUAAAUUUCAUUAAAGAUGUGUUAUUCAGCGUAGAUACAUUGCUGAAAGAUGAGACAUGUGUAGGCAAUGAUGCAACCCUCACAAAGGUUGUCCUGCAUCUUCUAGAAUCAAGCCUUCAGUUACAUAGGUGUAAAGGCUACAUUCCUGUAGAUAUCAACAGUUUACUGAUGUCAAUUUGUAUUUCCUGUUUGUCAGUAGACGUUACUAGCCAAGAUGAGAUAGGUGAUGUGACCAAGUCAUGUGACAUGUGGACUGAUUUGUAUGAGAAAGUUGUCUUGGAAUUUGUUGACAUGCACAUGGACAAGGGAUCUAUAAGAUCAGUUGCAUCACUGGUUCCUCAAGUAAUACUAGCUAUACAAGAAUCCAUACAGAGGUCAGGAACCAGUCCUGUCAGAUGUGUGAACUUCCUGUCUAUGCUGGGAACCAGAUGUUUUCAACUGGUCAGUGACCACAUGACUGAAUUGUUGGAACUUUUUCUUGACUGGCAGUGCUAUAAACUGAGUGACUUUCUUAUUGUUGCAUACCAGCAUGAACCAGUGCCAUUUCUUGCCAUGUUCCAGGAUAUUUUCAGUAAAACAUUGUCAGUGGAACACGAGGACAGACACCACGGAAUGAUUAUUGUUGAGGAAAUAUCAAAAAGCAAUUCACAGUUGUUUGUGUCCAGUCAUAUCUGUCAGUUGCUGGGAACCUACCCUACAGAGACAGAUAUUACCAAGCAACAUAUACUGAACAUUUUACACAAUGUUGUGAUGUGGUCACCGGGUCAGAUUGCCGGAUAUUUCACUGUGCUGAUUGAUGACUCCAAAUUUACUCCAGAUUCUCUAACACAGAGAGCUCCCAUAUUGCAGGGUCUGACCCAUUACAGUGAGGAUCUAUCACAGAAGAUUCUUGACUACCUUACGAAACAUGCAGAUAACAAAUCAGAAUCUGUGUCAUUAGUUGCCAUGGAAACACUGGUACCCCUAAUCAAAGAUAAACCAGGAUAUAUCCACAGACAGAAAGCCAGGUUCAAAAAUAUUUGGAAGGUGUCCAAGAAUGAGAGAGUGAAACAAUUAUGUGUGCAACUGCUGCCUGAAAUCAAAGCUACUAUAAAGAAACCUACACAGAACACAACUCAAACAGCAGUGAAAAAGGAAGCAAAAAAGGUGGUACCUCCUGUCAGUAUGAAUACACGAUUCUCAGGCAAGGUGCAAGCAAGGCCACAGACAUCAGAUAGGAAUAUAAAGCCAGCAGAUUCCUUGGUAACAAGGUCGGAUACUGGCUCAUCUAUGGCUGCAAAAGCAAAUCUGCCAGAACUUGAUACAGAUACACAGACAUCAAUAAGACUUAAAUCUAACACAAGUGAUGAUAGAUCUCCUGCUAAUGUAGUAGUAACUGCAAACACUGAAAAUAUUACAGAAACUAAUGUAGUUGGUGACUUUGUUGAACCUGAAAAAAGUAAAUCUAAAGGGGCUGGAGAUCAGGUGCUAAAUGUGACUAAGAGGGAGAAUACUGAAAGCAAGAAGACUGGUGAUAUUGGUAAAAAUCUCUCUCAAAGUGAGUCUAAUGUAACUAGAGAAAGUGAUUCAGGUAACAGAAAUAUUGGAGAUGUGAAACAUAAGCUUGAAGACAAGUUGGAAAAAUCUGAUAUUAACAGACCAGAGGAAAUGGAUGAGUCAAGAUCAGAAAAUGUAGAAAAUGUGGAAGGACAGUUGCCAGAAGUUACAAAAACUGAACAGGGAAGCUACUCUAAUAUACAAGUUCAUACUGGUAAAAAUACUGAACAUGAGAAGGGCAGGGAUGUAAAUACUCUGUUGGAAGUUUAUGCUGUGUCAGAUACUGAUAGUAAACUGCUAAAGCAAUAUGUACGUACAGAGCCAUCUGUCUGUCUAUGCAGUUGUGUGAAGAUGAAACAUUUAAUUGAGAGAUUAAGUGUUAAGUUGAAACAUGCAGGAUAUGAUAACAUUGUGACAAAUACUGAUACAGAGAAAAUUGGCAGCAUGUUUACAGGUGCUAAAGUUGUUGUUGUCUGCCUGGAGGAGUUUGAGGAAGCUUCUGAUAAGAAGCUAUUGGAUGAGAUUUCCCACUUGGUUGAUAAGGACAUACCAGUUAUAGUUUUGAAGUUUGUAAGUGCUCCAUUGUCAGAGGAGGUACAGACAGGAGUGAUGGGAGACAGAAGUUACAUACGCCUGUACUCUAAACCAGGUGAAGACAGAAUUGCUGGUACCGACUGGCCAAAAUACAAGUUUUGUGAAAUUUUGAUGCAGCUAAGUUACCUUGGAAUUACACCUGAUGAAAAUUCGAUAACACAUGAAUUCAGAUCUCUGUGGGGAACAAAAAGUCAGUUAUCUGACGGACAGGAGCAUAUCCUUGAUCUGUCUAUAUUACCAGAUAUAUUUAUAUCUUGCCAUUGGGGGAAAUUGAAGCAGGUUGAACCACUGUAUGAGAGACUUACAAGGGAGAAGUUGUCUUGCUGGUUUGGAGCAUACCAGAUGGGAGGUUCCGAAUCUUUAUAUAACAGGAUCCAGCAGGGUUUGCAGUGUUGCCGGAUUGUACUGGCAUGUAUAACUAACAAGUACCAUUUGUCAGAAGUCAGUGAACGAGACAUAAGAAUGGCAAAACAGCUGGAUAGGAUUGUCAUUCCACUAUUGAUUGGUGAAUGUGACUGGCCGCUAACGGGUAAAGUUGGAGACUUGCUUGGUAAUUGUAAACCAAUGAAACUAACUGUAACUACAAAUGGUUGUGUUGAUGCCAGCUCAUUUGGCAUGUCAAAACUUGUGACUCAGUUGCAACAUUGUCUUUCAGAAAACAAUGGCAAUGACUCAUUGGAUGAUGGAGGUAAGUCAUUGGAGAUACCAUCAAAAACUGAUAGAUUUGAAGAAAAGUUUGAACGGAACUCAGAUUUUAAAUAUGCAGAUAUCCAAGACCAGGGCCUUAGUGCUAAUAAAACUGUCAAAAAGACAAGCUCUGCAUAUGAAAUAGGGUCCCAUCCACUCAUAAAAAGUGGAAUGACAAGACGUUACAGCAAUAUUGAUGACCUCAAGGUCAAAAGAAGAGAUCUCCCUGAUGGGGUAUAUGUUGAUGAACAUGGUUACACACUGAAAUCUUCCAGAUCUAAAUCUUGUAUCAUUUUGUAAAGGCCUCAUGUUUGUAGAUCAUUGUAUUGUUUAAUUCGUCUGUUAAAAUCAGGUGCUGUAUAUAUUCUUCUUAUAUUAGUGUAGUUUAGCUUUGUUAAAUUUUGUGUGUAUGGGAGCCUUUGGUCGCGUUUCCCUGCAAAAAUGUUUGGUUCUGCACUAAUUGCGUUGCAUUCUGGGAUAUAUCUUAGCUACCUCCUUGGAUUAUUUGUUUGGCAUUUAUUUAUUUUUAAUUUGUGAAAUAUGUGUUGGCAUUAAUUGACUAUUGGUAGCUAUACCAGUGAUUAUUACACUGUUUUAUUAGCUGAAUGUUCUAACUCAUUCCGACAAUUGUAAACACUUGAACCCAAAGUUUUCAUUCAAAAUGAAAUAACAGUUGUUUUGGUGCUGUCAGAAAAGCAAAGUUUUGAUUUUUUUAUGUUGGGAAAUUCACACCUAUAAAAGUGGUUAUAAUUGAUAUUAAAGGUAAUGAAACUAUAUAUACUUUCCUGGUUCAAAAUUAUAAAAAUUUCAAACUUCUGGAACAGACACAUUUAGGUCAAGUGGAAAGAGAUAGAAAAUAGCCAGUAAAGAAAAAGUUUAUUAGCAUUAACUUGUUAGCUCAUCUGAUUUUUUGAAAAAAAAUGAUGAGUUAUUGUCAUCACUUGAGCGGUUGUCGGCGUCGGCGUCGGCGUUGCCUGGUUAAGUUUUAUGUUUAGGUCAGCUUUUCUCCUAAACUAUCAAAGCUAUUGCUUUGAAACUUGGAAUACUUGUUCACCAUCAUAAGCUGACCCUGUAUAGCAAGAAACAUAACUCCAUCUUGCUUUUUGCAAGAUUUAUGGCCCCUUUUGUACUUAGAAAAUAUCAGAUUUCUUGGUUAAGUUUUAUGUUUAGUUCAACUUUUCUCCUAAACUAUCAAAGCUAUUGCUUUGAAACUUGGAAUACUUGUUCACCAUCAUAAGCAGACCCUGUACAUCAAGAAACAUAACUCCAUCUUGCUUUUUGCAAGAAUUAUUGCCCCUUUUGGACUUAGAAAAUCAGUUUUCUUGGUUAAGUUUUAUGUUGAGGUCAGCUUUUAUCCUAAACUAUCAAAGCUAUUGCUUUAA